AUGACUAAUCCCAAAAUUAACUAUAGAUUGGUGGUGACGAGUGAAUCACACCAGGGCUAUACCAAGUCUUCCUUUCUUGAGGAAUUGAGGGACUUGAAAAACACAGAAUUAACUACUCUUGAUAUUGAAAAAGCCGAUAAGGAAAAGUUCACCUUCCCGCAUGCUUUGGAAUAUAUCCACCUUUUAGUUGAAUACGAUGAAAAAAAAUGGGAGAAGCUUACAAAGUACACUGAUUACCUCAAAAGUAAUUCUCAAUUGCUUACUGAAAAUACAAACGUGGGGUGUCAUAUAUUUUUCAACGGAGAUAAAAGCUGGAAGGAUUACAGUGCCAUCGAUGUGGAGCAAUACAAGAAGUUCAUAUCAACUGUCAAAAACAUUUGCGGGGAUAAGGUGACUCAUUUGUCUAUUGUGAAUAAGUUUUCUCAUGGGGAUGAGGAUGGGAAUAAAUCAGAAGUGGAAGCAGAAAUUAGGCUGGAUGUAGAACCAUGGAAAAACUUGAAGCAUUUGGACUACACCGAGAGCAGUGUUGAAUCAUUUCCCGAUAUCAAGUUUCCAAAGUCCUUGGAGGUUUUGAAUAUCAGUGGUGACUUUUUCUUGAAUCAGUUGAGCUUCACUAUGCCAUCCAAACUAAAAAGGUUCCACGCCUCAAGUGGGUCCCUUUCUUAUCUCCAUGGAAUCCAUUUACCUGCAUCCCUUGAAACUUUGGACCUUCUGGGGAACAAGCUUUACAUGUUGGACGACAUCAAAUUCCCAAAUUCAUUGACUGAUAUUGACCUAUCCGAAAAUCGAAUUGACCACUUAGCGGGUGCUAGAUGGCCACCGAAACUUGAGUCGUUGAGUAUCGCAUUCAAUCCCAUUGAGUCUUUGAAGGGAGCAGCCUUUCCUCCGUUGUUGAAAUUUUUAGACGCUAGUACAAUACCCAAUGAUGCAAUGGUUGGCGUCAAAUUUCCCGAACUGCUUGAAGUCUUGAAUUUACAAUCUGCAAUGACAACUCCUCGCGGAUUGAAAGUUCCAUCAAAUGUCAAAACUUUGGUUUUGUCCGAGGAUGGUGUCACGAGCGUCAACACUUUAAAGUUACCAAAUGGGAUUGAGACGCUAUAUUUGAACGGUAACAAGAUCAAGACUUUAAAUAAAGUUCAAUUCCCUUCUAGCCUCAAAGAAUUAUAUUUAGGUGACAACCUUUUGACGACGUUAAAGAAUGUUGUGUUUCCAAACAGUUUGGAAACUCUUGACAUAGAGAACGACCCAGAGUCCUUUGAUAACGAAAAGCAGAUUAUUACAUUGAGAGAUGUCUCUCUCCCACCAAACUUGAAAGUCUUGAAACUCGGCUAUCAGGGUAUCAGAAUUCUUGAGAAUUACGAAUUCCCCCAAAGCUUGACCCACUUGAGCUUAACCUACAAUGAUAUGAAAUCCAUAAGAAGCAUUAAAUUUGGCAACAACUUGAAGAUUCUCGACUUGAGUGGUAAUCCAGAGCUUUUAUCGCUUGAGAAUGUCAAAAUACCGGAGUCCGUCACCGAAUUACGGGUUCCAGAAGAAAUGGUGCCCAAUUUGCCUGCCGACAUUGUAGACAGAGCCAACAAAAACAAAAUUAUUUUGAAGAAAAUCCCUACCAAUAUCAGUGUUUAUGAAGGUCCUCUUUUUGACGGGCCCGGAGUUUUUAGUGGUGCUCAAAUUCAAGAGGCAAUGGAAAAGACGAAACAGGAAAGAAUCGCAGGAUUUGAAAGAGCUGAGUGA